CAACGUCUGGAACGCCCAUCGCUGGCAGUGACGUAGGCACGGCGUAUGUUGUCAGGUUGUCAAAAGAGAAAAGAUGGCGUCCGUAUCAGAGAUGUACGAUGUGGGUUGGGAAGAGAUGAGAGACAAACUGCGUAAAUGGAGAGAAGAUAACUGCAGAAACAGUGAACAGAUUGUGGAUGUUGGUGAAGAGCUCAUCAGUGAGCAUGCAUCCAAACUGGGAGAUGAUAUAUGGAUUAUUUAUGAGCAGGUGAUGAUCGCAGCCCUGGACUGCAGUCGGGAUGACUUGGCCGAGACCUGUCUACAGGAACUGGAGAAGCAGUUUUCAGAUAGCCACAGAGUGAAGCGAUUAUCUGGCAUGAGGCUGGAAGCUUUGGAAAGGUACGAUGACGCCAACAAGGACUAUGAUGCCAUUCUCCGAGACGACCCCACCAAUACGGCAGCAAGGAAGCGCAAGAUCUCCAUAUUGAAGGCUCAGGGGAAAAGCACUGAAGCCAUACGGGAGCUCAAUGAAUAUCUGGAGCAGUUUGUUGGAGACCAAGAAGCGUGGCAUGAGUUGUCAGAGCUGUACAUCAAUGAACAUGACUAUGGAAAAGCCGCGUUUUGUCUGGAGGAGCUGAUGAUGACCAAUCCUCACAAUCACUUGUACUGUGAGCAGUACGCUGAGGUGAAGUACACUCAGGGGGGGCUGGAAAACUUGGAGCUGUCCAGAAAGUAUUUUGCCCAGGCUCUGAGGCUGAACAACCGAAACAUGAGGGCAUUGUUUGGUCUGUAUAUGUCUGCAAGUCACAUCGCUGCCAGUCCAAAAGUUAGUGCCAAGGUGAAGAAGGACAACAUGAAGUAUGCUGCUUGGGCUGCCUCUCAGAUAAACAGAGCCUAUAAGUUGGCUGGUCGUGGAACCAAGGAGAACAAAUGCUCCAUGAAGGCGGUGGAGGAGAUGCUGGAGUCCAUGCAGAUCACCAUGUCCUAGAUGCCCUUGUCCGCAACUUCACUCUUCUGUUCACCCACAGCCACUUAGAGCAACAUGGCAGCUCCAAUAGCCUAGCAAUGUGAUCAGAACCAAAUCUUUAAUUCUUUUUUUUUUUCUUUAUGUCUUCAAGUUUGGUUCUGUAAUUGAUCGAACUUGAAAUGGACAAUGGAAGACCUUUAUUUCCCCCAAAUGCAAAGGUUUCCUGCACCUGUCUGGAGCCUACAACAGCCAUAUUCUCCAGCUGCUACAUAGAAGUAAGCCAGCUGUGAUAAUACUGUCCCUCACCAUCCCUUUUUGUCUUUUAGAACUUAAACUAAUAUCAUUAAUUAGUACAUUUACUUUAAGGCUAUAGCUCUGUGACCAUGAAAGAUAACAAGCUGUACAGUAAAUGCUAUUUAUAAAGACAACAUGGAGAUUCCACCUGUCUGCACUGAGGUCCUUAAUCGUUUAUGUCUGUAAAUGAAACAUCUUUAUCGAAUAAAACGUUUUUCUUCUUU